UUGAGUUUGAAUCACAGCACAAGCGGCUUUGAGCCUGGAGGUUUUGCUCCACCGUAAGAAGUGUGAUAAGGGAGGACGCAGGAGGGACAUGAGCGACAGGUUUGUGGUCGUCCCUGUCGGUCAGGGCGAUGAGGAGUGCUCCGACGGGGGCAACAAUUACCAUGUACCUGACAGCGAAGUGGCAGAAGGCGACUCCAUAGAACCACAAGACGCUGUUCCUAUCCUCGAGUACAGUAGGGAGCCCAACAGAUACGGCGAUGGCAUGCCAAAGGAAAGCAGUCCGUUCAUAAACAACACAGACAAUGACAAAGGGAAUCUAUACGAUGGGAAGAACAUGGCCCUCUUUGAGGAAGAGAUGGACAGCAACCCCAUGGUAUCCUCUCUGCUCAACAAGCUGGCUAACUACACCAACCUCACCCAGGGGGUCAAAGAGCACGAGGAGGCAGACGACGACGAGGGGCCAGCCAAGACUAAGAAACCAGUCAAGAGUCCUGCGUUGGGCACGUUAAUCGGGGUGUACCUGCCCUGUCUGCAGAACAUCCUGGGGGUCAUCCUGUUCCUGCGCCUCACCUGGAUCGUGGGCACCGCCGGCAUCAUGGAGUCCCUGGCCAUUGUGGUUAUGACCUGUUCCUGUACAAUGCUGACCGCCAUAUCAAUGAGUGCCAUUGCUACGAAUGGUGUGGUUCCAGCUGGAGGCUCCUACUACAUGAUCUCCAGGUCCUUGGGGCCAGAGUUCGGCGGGGCCGUGGGGCUCUGCUUCUACCUGGGGACCACCUUCGCUGGCUCCAUGUACAUCCUUGGUACUAUAGAGAUUCUGCUGACCUACAUUGUGCCUAGUGCGGCCAUCUUCAAGGCAGAGAAGAAGGAGGAUGAGCCGGAGGCGCUGCUCAACAACAUGCGGGUGUACGGCACCUGCUGCCUCACCCUCAUGUCCCUGGUGGUGUUCGUGGGGGUCAAGUACGUCAACAAGCUGGCCCUGGUCUUCCUGGCCUGUGUCAUCCUCUCCAUUCUGGCCAUAUACGCCGGAGUCAUCAAGACCGCCUUCGAACCGCCAGACUUCCCUAUUUGCUUGUUGGGGAACCGCACGCUGCAGAACCAAAACUUCGACCAGUGCUUGAAGACGAUGGAGGUGGACAACGUGACAGUCACCACCAAGCUGUGGUCCCUGUUCUGUGACUCUCCAGACCUCAACGCCACCUGCAAUGAGUACUUCACCCUAAACAAUGUCACUGUGAUCCAGGGCAUCCCUGGCCUGACCAGCGGCGUCAUCAGAGAUAACAUCUGGGGGGACUACGGUCCUAAUGGCAUGUUGGUAGAGAAUAAGCACCAGGCAUCGGAGCCGGCAGCAGACACCUCCCAGGACAUCUACAUGCCCUACGUGGCCAACGACAUCACCACCUUCUUCACCCUGCUGGUAGGGAUCUACUUCCCCUCCGUCACUGGAAUCAUGGCUGGAUCCAACAGGUCUGGUGAUCUGAGGGACGCCCAGAAGUCCAUCCCCAUAGGAACCAUCAUGGCCAUCGCCACCACCACCUUCAUCUACAUUUCCUCUGUUAUACUGUUUGGCGCCUGCAUCGAGGGCGUGGUGCUCAGAGACAAGUUUGGGGACUCGGUCAAAGGGAACCUGGUGAUUGGCAUCCUUGCUUGGCCUUCCCCCUGGGUGAUUGUGAUUGGCUCGUUCUUCUCCUGCUGUGGAGCAGGUCUGCAGAGUCUCACUGGAGCCCCCCGGCUGCUGCAGGCCAUCGCACGAGACGGCAUUGUGCCAUUCCUACAGGUGUUUGGUCAUGGCAAAGCUAAUGGAGAGCCCACCUGGGCCCUGCUGUUGACUGGUGGGAUCUGUGAGAUCGGCAUCCUCAUCGCCUCUCUGGACGCCGUCGCCCCCAUCCUCUCCAUGUUCUUUUUGAUGUGCUACCUGUUUGUCAACCUGGCCUGUGCCCUCCAGACACUGCUGCGCACCCCUAACUGGAGACCCCGCUUCAAGUUCUAUCACUGGGCUCUGUCUUUCCUGGGCGCCAGUCUGUGUCUCUCCCUGAUGUUCAUCUCCUCCUGGUACUAUGCCCUGGUGGCCAUGCUUAUCGCUGGCUGCAUCUACAAGUACAUUGAAUACAGAGGGGCGGAGAAGGAGUGGGGCGACGGUAUCAAUGGUCUGUCGCUCAACGCCGCCCGCUACGCCCUCAUUCGCCUGGAGGAGGCGCCGCCCCACACCAAGAACUGGAGGCCCCAGAUGCUGCUGCUAUUGAACCUGGACUCUGACCACACAGUGAAACACCCACGCCUGCUCUCCUUCUGCACCCAGCUCAAAGCGGGCAAAGGCCUGACCAUCGUGGGCUCCGUCCUGGAGGGCACUUACAUGACCAAGGAGGCCGAGGUCAAGAAGGCCGAGCAGAACAUCAAGUCGUCGAUGACGAUGGAGCGUACCAAGGGCUUCUGCCACGUGGUGGCAUCGUCCAACCUGCGUGAUGGUUUCUCCCACCUCAUCCAGACAGCAGGCCUUGGGGGCAUGAAACACAACACGGUCCUCAUGGCCUGGCCCGGCACCUGGAAACAGUCCAACGACCCCGUCUCCUGGAAGAACUUCAUAGAGACUGUGCGUGAGACCACGGCGGCCCAUCAGGCCUUGCUGGUGGCCAAGAACGUGGACAGCUUCCCCACCAACGCAGACCGCCUGGGCCAGGGCACCAUAGACGUGUGGUGGAUCGUCCACGACGGAGGACUGCUUAUGUUGCUGCCCUUCCUCCUCCGCCAGCACAAGGUGUGGAGGAAGUGUAAGAUGCGUAUCUUCACGGUGGCUAAUAUGGAUGACAACAGUAUUCAGAUGAAGAAGGACCUGCAGAUGUUCCUCUACCACCUCCGUCUGGACGCAGAGGUGGAGGUGGUAGAGAUGCACGACAGCGACAUCUCAGCCUUCACCUACGAGAAGACCCUGGUGAUGGAGCAGCGCUCUCAGAUGCUCAAACAGAUGCAGCUGUCGCGGACGGAGAGGGAGAGAGAGAUUCAGAGUAUCACUGACUCGUCACGUAGCUCCAUCAGGAGGAAUAAUCAAACCGGAGCCUCGGGCUCAGAAUCUGGCCCCAGUCGAGAGCUGGAGGACACACAGGAAGACGAGGCCCAGCUGAUCCAUGACAGAAACACGGCGUCUCACGCCGCGCUGAACGACAAGGCCGACGCUGGCCCUGACCGGGUCCACAUGACCUGGACCAAGGAUAAGUUCCUCACCGAGCGCAACCGCAACCGCGCCGAGGCCAACAUGGGCGUGCGCGACAUCUUCAACAUGAAACCAGAGUGGGAGAGUCUGAACCAGUCCAAUGUGCGCCGGAUGCACACUGCGGUCAAGCUGAAUGAGGUGGUGGUCAACAAGUCACAGGGAGCCCACCUGGUCCUGCUCAACAUGCCGGGACCACCCAAAAACAGAGGGGGCGACGAGAACUACAUGGAGUUCCUGGAGGUUCUACUGGAAGGUCUCAACCGGGUCCUCCUGGUCCGUGGGGGCGGACGCGAGGUCAUCACUAUCUACUCUUAAAAUCUUGCGGCCACGAAACGGCGCACACGGCCACCGCCACGACAAUACGGGGCCUUUUGGGGAAAAACAAACCUUGGGGUUACUGGGGGAUAGUCGGAGGGGGGCCAUGUUACUGGACAGAGGGCUUUUUGGCCUCGGAAGGGGACGACCAAUCAGGGCAAUGUGAUGUCAUAGCAUCAGCCUGAUUAGUGGAAAGAGCAUGUGUCCUGGGGCCUACCUUUCAUGCUGACCGACUGGAGGAUAGAGCAUUCUGACAUUACUUUUAAUUUGACUCGUGUUAUUGUUUAUUGUAUGGAUGUUCUUCCUUUCUCCUCCUUCCCUCACUCUCUGUGUUCAGUUUUCAUGUCUGUUCAUGGUAAUUGUGUAUCAUAAUCAGCAGAGGACCACAGGGUUAAUAUGGACUGUGGCUGAAAUGGCAUCCUAUUCCCUAUAUAGUGCACUACUUUUCACCCUUUGGCACUAUACCAUUUCAGACGCAGCAUAGUCUCUCUAGUUUGUUCAUCUUUGCCUUCAUUUUGGUUUUACAUUUUGGCUUUGUCCUCAUCUUUCAAGUAAGAUUCAGAGAUUUGAGGAAGCACAAAGUCAACGUGCUGCCUCUAAAGUCUCCCUUAGCUCAGAACCAAAUCUACUUUGAAUCCUGAAAGAGAUAAAUACGGUUCCUGCUCUCACCUAUUAUCUGUAAAAACUCAAUAGGAACGUUGUUAUCUAGAAUAAUAUGCUUCUGUGACUCUUUCCAGUAUUCAAGCCUACAGCGGAGCUCUGUUAGAACGGAUGGAGGCAACAAUAAAAAAAGAAGCAUACUUUUAUUUCAAGUCUGUCCCACAGAUCAAGGUGUUGCUAUGGCUCCACUGUCCCUUGUUUAUUAAAGGUGGGGUCAUAUUU